AUGCCUUUACAAACUUCUUCUGUAAAUGAAAAUACACGGACAAAUCCAUCACUUGACUCAUCAUCAUUAUCUAAUGAACAAACAACUUAUACUAAUAAUUUGAAUUUACGAGAACAAUGGCAAAUUGAACUUUCAAUAAAUAAAAAUAAAUUCCCUCUUGAUCCUAUAUUUAAAAGCUUUUUCAAAAAAUUUGAUACAAAUUAUGAAGAAUGGAAAAAUUUUAGGAAUGAAAUAAAACAAAUAAUUCCAUUAAAUAACGCGUUUAAUGAAGAUUUUAUUGAUAAAAAUCCAAUUGAUAUUGAUAACGAACCAAUAUUUAUAUCCUUCUUUAAAAAAUUUUUUUUAAAUAAUGAUUUUCUUUUUCCAACAUCACGUCGAAAUAUUAAGAGAGGGUUGAAUUAUAUUCAAUCUGAAAUUAAAAGUGAUUAUGAUAAGGAUUCAGAAACAUCAACAUCAUUAUUAACACCAUCUUCACCUUCACUUUCAACGACUUUAUCAACAAGUAAUUCAAAAGCCACAUUAUGUAUGCUGAAAUCAAGUCCUUCACGUUACUUAUUGUCUACAAUUUUGAAAAUUGCUCAUAUCAAGAGUAAACCAUUGGUAUAUGGAUUACUUUUACCGUUAAUCAAACAACCUUCUGAAAUAGAGCAACAGCAAUACGAAGGCGAAGAUGAAGGUGUUUCUAAACGUUUUGAGGAUUGGGAUGAUGCCAUGAUUGACAUUUACAUUUCUAUUUUUAGUCAAAAAUUCCAAUUAUUGAAUGAACCAGAAGAGAUAUUGUCAAGAUUUUUAAAAUACUUGGAUUUUAAUAUUGAAAAAAAACCAGAAAAUCAAAAAUUAGGACAACUAAUGAUGAUUAUUGUUACUAAACAUUCCAACGAUAUCAUGGAAAUGUUACAAGAAUUGAAAGAUAUAAUUGAAAAAACAAAAUCAUAUUUUAAAAGAAUUGUUUUGGUGCAUUUGAAUAAAUUAAUGAACAACCAAGUAUAA